UACUGGGUUGGAUACGGGGUGUUUGCAGCUGAGUUGAACAGUUUAAAUAUAUCAGACGGGCCAAAGGGUUAACCAGCAUGAUGAGCAGCAGCCGGAGCAGCAGCAGCAGGUCCGUUUCUUCGUCCUAUUCCAGGAUGUUCGGAGGGGACCGUCCCGCCGUGGUCCGGUCCUCCUACACCAGCCCGGCCCGCUCCAGGACAGCUUUCAGCGUCUCCUCCUCCCCUGGCAUCAUCUCCUCCAGGACGGUGCGGCUCCGCAGCAGCGCCGCGAUGCCCCGACUCUCAUCUGACACCGUGGACUUCGCCCUGUCGGACGCCAUCAACACGGAGUUUAGGGCCACCAGGAGCAACGAGAAGGCGGAGAUGCAGCAGCUGAACGACCGCUUCGCCAGCUACAUCGACAAGGUGCGCUUCCUGGAGCAGCAGAACAAGACGCUGUCCUCCGAGCUGGAGACGCUGCGGGGCCAGGGCCGCUCCCGCAUCGGGGAUCUGUACCAGGACGAGCUGAGGGAGCUCCGCAAGCAGGUGGACCAGCUUAACAACCAUAAGGCACGGCUGGAAGUGGACCGGGGCAACCUGGGGGAUGACAUCGAGCGCCUCCGACAGAAGCUGCAGGAGGAGAUGUUGCAGAAAGAGGAGGCACAACACAACUUGCACACUUUCAGACAGGACGUGGACAAUGCCGCACUUUCCCGUCUGGACCUGGAGAGGAGGGUGGAGUCUCUGCAGGAGGAGAUCAUGUUCCUCAAGAAGCUCCAUGAGGAGGAAGUGGCUGAGCUCCACGUCCAGAUGCAGGAGCAGCAUGUCCAGAUAGAGAUGGAUGUGGCUAAACCUGACCUGACCACUGCCCUGCGUGAUGUCAGGCUGCAGUACGAAACCCUGGCCACCAAAAACCUCCACGAGACUGAAGACUGGUACAAGUCCAAGUUUGCUGAUCUGACGGAGCAGCAGCAGCGCAACAGUGAGGCAAUCCGUCAGGCCAAGCAGGAAGUCAAUGAGCACCGCCGGCAGGUCCAGGCUCUGACCUGUGAGAUGGACGCCCUCAAAGGAGCAAAUGAGGCUCUGGAGCGUCAGAUGCACGAGAUGGAGGAUGGUUUUGGGGUGGAGGCUGGUGGGUACCAGGACACCAUCACCCAGCUGGAGGAGGAAAUCUGUAACAUGAAGGACGAGAUGGCUCGCCACCUGAGGGAGUAUCAGGACCUCCUUAAUGUCAAAAUGGCCCUGGACAUUGAGAUUGCCACCUACCGAAAGCUGCUGGAGGGGGAGGAGAACAGGUUUUCUGCCCCGUUGCUCAACUUGUCCUCCCUCAACCUGAGAGAAAGCAUGCUGGAAACUAGGUCAAUGAUCGACAACCUGUCGAAGAAAGUGGUGAUUAAGACCAUAGAGACCAGAGAUGGGCAUGUAAUCAACGAGUUAACCCAGCAGCGUGACGACCGGGACUGAAGGUGAUGGACUGGAUCACAGAAAAAAAGAGAGAUGGGGGAUAAGCUGUGGGUUAGGGGGUAAAAGAAUUAAUGAUAAGCAUGAAAAAAGAUUAGUGAUAAUAGGAGUGGGUUAAGAGUGCAGAGAAGGCGCAGGAUAUUAAUGUUUCAGUGAGAGUAAAAGCAAAACCACAUAAGGAACCGCUUUAAAAGUGCCUUUUGACAUAUUUCAACGGGGCUGACUUGCUGAUGCAGUUGUUCAAGACUAAGCACAGCAGAACAGAAUCGACCCUUUAGAGGAAGAGAGUCAACUUUAUUGACUAUUUCUGUUGUCCACUUCUGUAAUUUUACUAUAGACUCGACUGGCACUCAACACCACUUUGGGCAAAUAACAGUAUCACUGUGUUUUACCAAUUGGAUCCAGUUUGAGCCAUGUAGGCCUAGGGCUGUUUUUCCAGAUGAGUGAGGUUUUCCAAGUGUUAUUAUGUCAAGACUAUACAUACAGUAUGAGUGUUCGUACAUUCAUAGUUAGACACAGGACAGGUUAUGUACUUCUAGGUAUAACUUUAACAGUGAUCAUACAGUUGCAAGAUUUUAAAAACAAAGACUGAACCACUGUUGUCAUGUAUUAGACCAACAUCACUGUCAGCACACUUCACUGUCUAUCAAUAAACAUCUAAAAAAAUC